AUGAAGCAGAACUACCCUGAAAGAUGUCCACAACUAAAAGCAGACAAGCUGGAAACUCUUCAUAAUGCCUGUAGGAAAGGGUGCCUGGGCCUUGUGAGAAGCAUCCUGUCCGGAGGUUUGGUUGACGUCAACAGUAGAGAUGAUAAGUACAAGAUGACACCACUCAUGGUGGCGGCACACGAGGGACAUAGACGAUUAUUUGCCUUUCUUGUAAGAACAGGAGCUAAUGUAUCACUCGUAGAUGGAAACGGGGACAAUGUCCUGCACUUGGCCUGCAGAGGAGGACGUAUGGGUUUUGUAAAGUAUGUAGUCACACAAUGCAGUGUUAAUAUUAACAGUAAGGGAAUGCACGGGUCAACUCCACUGCUGCAGGCUGUAUAUUGUGGACACAGAGACCUGUUGAAGUUCCUCGUGACCAAGGGAGCUAAUUUGUCACACGUGGAUGAUGACGGAGAGAAUAUCCUGCACUGGGCCUGCAGAGGGGGGCAUGUGGAUAUCGUGAAGGAUAUACUCAAACAAUACAAUGUUGGUAUCAAUAGUAGGGAAAAUCACGGAGAGACCCCCCUGAUGAAGGCUGCAUCAGAAGGGCACAUAGGCGUUUUCAAGUUCCUCGUGAGUAAAGGGGCUAAUGUGUCACACGUUGAUGAUAUUGAGCCAACAUACUUCCUUAUGCUUCAAUUUGGGGACAUGCAAACAUGGUUCAGUAUAUCAAAUCACAGGACAUGGUGA